CUUGUUUCUGAGAGUCAGUUAAAGGGAAACUGUUACCACAAGUUUCCUUAUCAGGAAUCAGGAAGUACUACGAGAUCAUCUUGAGAUUAAGGAGUUGCUUUAAAAGUGGGAGAAAGCACAUUCUGGGCAUCUGGCUGGGCUACACGCGACUCAGGAUUGUCUGGCAGGACUCACUUGCUCCUGUGAAGCUCUUCUUUUAGUGCGAUGUCCAAUACUAACAGCACAACUCACUUAUCAAGCGUUAAUAUUGCUUUAGCAUUUUUAAUGUCCUUACUAGCUUUUUUUAUAACGGUAGGAAACGCGGUGGUCAUUUUAGCUUUUGUAGUGGACAAAAACCUUAGACAUCGGAGUAAUUAUUUUUUUCUUAAUUUGGCCAUUUCUGACUUCUUUGUGGGUGUGAUUUCCAUUCCUCUGUACAUACCCCACACUCUGUUUAAUUGGAAUUUUGGAAAAGAAGUCUGCCUGUUUUGGCUCAUCAUUGACUAUCUCUUAUGUACAGCAUCUGUGUAUAACAUUGUCCUCAUCAGCUAUGAUCGAUACCAGUCAGUCUCAAAUGCUGUAUCUUACAGAGCUCAGAACACAGGGAGCCUGAGGAUUGUCUUCCAGAUGGCGGCUGUUUGGGUGCUGGCCUUCUCAGUGAAUACGCCGAUGAUUCUAAUUUCAGAGUCUUGGAAGAAUGGGAGUCAGGCGUGUGAACCCGGAUUUUUUUCAACGUGGUACAUCUUAGCCAUCACAUCACUCUUUGAAAUCCUGGUCCCAGUCAUCUUCGUUGCAUAUUUCAAUGUGUAUAUUUACCGGCGCCUAAGGAAGCGUGGCAAUGUCACUAGGGACGGUGGCCAUCCUAGGCUCCCUGCUGUCCCUUCCAGUGUCUGUGGAUACCUACUCAGAUGUAGGCUACUCUCCAGGACAUCUCUUCCCCCAUCAGAGGAAGCACGUACAUCCCUUCAUUCAGAGAGACAGGGGAAAAAAGGCAGCCUUUUGACUUCCUUGCAAACUCAGACAAAGAACAAUAUAAUUGCUUCUAAAAUGAGUUCUCUCUCCCACUCAGAUUCCUUAUCCCUCCACCAGAGGGAACAUCUCAAACUGUUUAGAGCCAGUAAAUUAGCCAUCCUCUUAGGAGUUUUUGCCGUUUGCUGGACUCCCUAUUCUUUGUACACAAUUGUUCAUUCAAUUCACCCCCAAGCAGUGCACCCUAAAUCACAGUGGUACAAAGUCACAUUCUGGCUUCAGUGGCUCAAUUCCUUUGUCAAUCCCUUCUUGUACCCAUUAUGUCACAAGCAUUUUCAGAAGGCUUUCUUGAAAAUAUUUUGUCUGAAAAAGCAACCCUUACCUUCACAAACUCUGUCAUUAUCAUCUUAAAGAUAAUGUCAUCCCUUCUGUAAAUUUGUCUCCCUUUCACUUUGGUGAAUUUAAGCUGGUUUUCACUUUACCCUCUGAUUCUGUGGAACGAAUCAUAAAAUUGUAACACCUGAAACACUUUAAAAAUUUGAAGCUGGAACUCAAUGGAAAAGCAUUCCAGGGCAUAACCACCCUAUACUGAUGGACAAUAUUUUGGUAAACCCAUAGUCACAGUAGUACUAUAUUUUUUUUUUUAGCUGUCACCUCUUCCUCUCGAGAUCUUAAUAGAACAUUGCUUGUUAAAAUGAGUUUUGUUUUCCUUUCUAGGUUCAGUGUUUGUGGUACAUUCUAUAUUCCUCUUUUAUAGUAAUAUGCACACAUCCCAUCUGACAAUCAUUCCCUAACGUGUACAAUAGGGAAAGGCACCUCCUUGCUGGGGGUGGGCAGCUCUGUUGGGGUUUGAGUUGGUGAGAGCGGGGAGCUGGAGUGUGCUGAGGUGAGCUCACGUGCAUUUCCACACGGUGCCCCUGAUCCCAGGAAGGAGGAAGCACAGUGAGAGAGAGAAGAGAUGGUCGACCGGGCAGCUCUCAGAUGUCCUCGACAUUAUGUCAGAGGCCCCUGUGGCCAUGGGGUGCAAGGGGAGGGCCCAGCAACGCUCACCAGUGGUUGAAAGGAUGGUUUGUCUUCUGCCUGCCCCCUUCCCACUUCCACAUCAGCUCAAACUUCCCUUCGAGAGCAAACUGGGAGAAAGUGCAAGGCUAAGACAUGGUGAGAGCACUGUAUUGAAAAUAGUUGGACUAAAACAUUUUGGUGAAAAAAAUUUUAAAUUCAUGAGUACUUUUUUCAUCUUGCACAUUUUCCAUUAACUUUUCAAAUAUCCCUUGAAUGCAUGGAUUUUUAUUUAUUUUUUUGCAUCAAAAUAAGUUUAUCUUUUAAUUUCAUGUUCCCAUGGACAUUUUAAAGUGGCCUCAUUGUUAGGGAUUGAGUAAGGUUUGUCUUCCCAAAACUUUUGCAGCUGUUUAAACUCUGGUGUACUAAUGUUGAUGGAUUAAAGAUGGAGGCUUGGUCUAAUUGCGGGGUUUUGGAGGCGGGUCUGGUGGGAAGUGUUUGGGUUGUCUGAUCCUGAACUGUAAUCUCCAAAGCUGUGAGCUGAAAUAAACCUGUUUCCCCCCAAGAAA